GAGAGUGUAAAGUCUUUAAAUAAGCUUUACCCACCAUUAUUCUCCUAUGGUGUAAACUAGAGAACAACUACUCCUCUGUUUUCUUCUGGGUUCACGGGCAAUAUAAGCAGUACAAAAUUUGAGCUAGUUGGGGAGAAUAGGGUAGCUUGAGAAUGGCGAAAAUGGCGUUCUGUUUCUGGGUUUUCCUCCUAUCUUUGCCUAUAUUAAUAUCCGCCAGACGAAGCGGCGUCGUUUCGCAGAACUCGUUUGAGGUCAAGAAACAGCUGAAGCAAUUGAACAAACCUGCUGUAAAGUCCAUUAAGAGCCCAGAUGGAGAUGUAAUUGACUGCGUCCAUGUCUCACACCAGCCAGCUUUUGACCACCCUUUAAUGCAAAACCAUACAAUUCAGAUGAGGCCAAAUUUUUAUCCUGAACGAGUAUCUGAAGAGAGUAUUGAGGUUACUUCUUCCUCCAAGUCUUCAAAACCAAUCAUUACUCAGCUUUGGCACACCAAAGGGAGGUGCCCCAAAGGAACUAUUCCAGUCAGAAGAACUAAAAGAAAGGAUUUGUUAAGAGCCAGCACUAUCAAAUCCUACGGAAAAAAAGUACAUAUAUCAACUCCUAAGCCGAGGUCUGCUGAUCCUGGCUUCACUAGUCAAAGUGGUCAUCAGCAUGCGAUUGCUUAUGUGGAAGGAGAUAAGUACUAUGGAGCCAAAGCAACAUUGAAUGUAUGGGAACCUAAAAUCCAACAGCCUAAUGAAUUCAGCUUAUCACAGAUAUGGGUCUUAGGAGGUACUUUUGGUCAAGAUCUCAAUAGCAUUGAAGCUGGUUGGCAGGUCAGCCCAGAUCUGUAUGGAGAUAAUAAUACUAGACUCUUCACUUAUUGGACUAGCGAUGCAUAUCAAGCCACUGGGUGCUACAAUCUUCUAUGUUCAGGCUUUAUCCAGAUCAACAAUGAAAUAGCAAUGGGUGCCAGCAUCUACCCUGUUUCUGGCUAUAAAGGAUCUCAAUAUGAUAUCAACAUACUUGUUUGGAAGGACCCCAAGGAAGGUAACUGGUGGAUGCAAUUUGGGAACAACUAUGUGUUGGGAUACUGGCCAGCUUUCUUGUUUCCCUACCUUUCUGACAGUGCUUCAAUGAUUGAGUGGGGUGGAGAAGUUGUGAACUCUGAGUCUGAAGGGCAGCAUACCUCUACCCAAAUGGGCAGUGGCCAUUUUCCUGAAGAAGGGUUUGGGAAAUCAGGUUAUUUCAGGAACAUUCAAAUUGUGGAUGGCUCUAACAAUCUUAGAGACCCCAAAGACAUUGGGACUUUUACUGAGCAACCCAAUUGUUAUGAUGUUAAAGUUGGCAAGAUGGGUGAAUGGGGCAAUUACUUUUACUAUGGAGGACCUGGUAGAAAUCCCAAUUGCCCUUGAUCAAAUGGGUCAUUUUAGACCUUUUGAAUAUAUGUAUAAAUAGGGGGGAAAAGCAGCCUCUUUUUAUGGGUAUGUAACACAUUAAUGUGUCUAUAGUUAUUUUAGGAUUGUAAUAUGUGAAAUCUCUCUUUCUCAGCUUCUUCAUUCUUCCUAGGGGUUAAGAAAUAUUGACUCCCUUUUUAAGCUGUUGCUGGAUUGUUUGAUAAAAGAAAAGUGUUUGAUUGAAA